AUAAAUUUGAAUCAAUGAUGGAUUCACAUAUUGAAAUGAUUAAUGACCAAAAAGAUAGUUUGAAAAAAAAUAUUCAAACACGUUAUGAAACAUUUGCUAAUGAAUGUGAAAAAGUUAAAUUACGUUGGCAACAAUUUCGACCACGAGAACAAGAUAUGGAAGAUGAAAAAAAAUGUCGAGAAUCAUUAAAACUUGUUCGUGAUAAAGAAAAAGAAAUUCAAGAUUUAAUGAAACAAAAAGAAAAAAUUAUUGAAGAAUUUAAAUUAUUUGGUAUGACUGAACCAUCAUUUCAAGAUUUAGAUGAAGUUAGUAAUGAUAUAGCACAAAUAAAAAAUGUUUGGGGAGUUUAUGAAGAAUAUCAACAAGAAUUAAAUGAAUUAACAAAAGAAGAUUGGAUUACAUUUCGAAGUAAAACUUAUCGUUUUGAUGAAUUUCUUUCUAAUUGGCAAGAAAAAUUAAAACAAAUUUCACCAGUAGCUGAUACAGGAAAAGCAUCGAAAAAAACGUCAACAACGAAUAUGAAUGUUCGUAUACAACAAGAAAUUGAUAAUUAUCGUUUAAUAACACCUCUAUUGAAAUGGGUUCGUGGUGAAGCAUUAUCACCUGAUCAUUGGUUAGAAUUAUUUCGAAUACUUAAAAUGCCACGUGGAACUAUGUUAGAAAAAUUAACAUUCGGUGAUAUAUUAAAAGCUAGACCAGAAAUUGCAAGUAAUGCUGAACAAUUGAAAGAUUUAAAUGUUCGUGCACAAUCUGAACAUACAAUUCGAGAAGCUUUGAAAGAAUUAGAAAAUUGGGGUGCUAGUGCACAAUUUUCUUUAACGGAUUAUGUUGAUACAAAACAACAAAAAAUUCAAAUUAUUAAAGAUUGGAAAGAUUUAUUUACACAAAUUGGUGAUAAUCAAAGUCUUCUAUCAUCAUUAAAAGAUUCACCAUAUUACAAAAACUUUGAGAGUCAAGCACAAAUAUGGGAACAACGAUUAGGUAUUCUUGAUGAAUGUUUACAUACUCUCAAUCAAAUUCAACGUAAAUUUGUCUAUCUCGAACCAAUCUUUGGCCGAGGUGCUCUACCGAAAGAACAAAGUCGAUUUCGUGAAGUUGACAAAGAAUUUCGUGAAAUCAUGUCAGAAAUAGCUUCGAAACCUCGUUUAGUUGUUCUUGCACAACGAAAAGAUCUAUCAAAUCUAUUAAAAUCUAUGCUUGAUCAAUUAGGUCGUUGUCAAAAAGCAUUAAACGAACUUCUUGAAGAAAAACGUUCAAUUUUUCCACGCUUUUAUUUUAUUGGCGAUGAUGAUCUAUUAGAAAUUCUUGGUCAAGCAACUAAUCCAACAGUUAUUCAAUCACAUUUAAAGAAACUUUUUGCCGGUAUUCAUUCAGUACGUUUUGAUGAAGCAAAUCAACAUAUUCUCGGAAUGCGUUCAUUAGAUGGUGAACUUGUUCCAUUAAUAAAAAAAAUUCGUAUAACAACAUCUGUUGAAGAAUGGCUUAAACAAUUAGCUAAAGAAAUGGUUACGACAUUACAAAAUUUAUUACUUAAUGCUUUACAAGAUUCAAAAAAACAAAUAGGUCAAGUACCUGUUGAAAAAUAUCCAUCACAAAUUUCAUGUUUAGCUGAAUCGAUUAAUUUUACUGAACGAUGUGAAGAAGCAAUUAAAAAUGGACAAUUAGAUAAAUUUCAUACAGAUAUUCAACAAGUAUUAGAAAAAUAUACUAAUGUACAUAUUGAUA